GAUAACCACUCCUCGCCCUUUUGGGCCUGUUGGCCGGAUUCAUCCUCCAGGGCCGGAGUCGCCAAGACAACCGCGCUUCGCUCAUCCAUAGCUGUUUCGGCUCAGGCGCUGGGGUGGCAGCCCGUGAUGGCCGAGUCCCUAGCCGUUACGGCUGGCGUCCGGCUAGAAGUUGACAAGGCCGACGGCAGGAGAAGGUCAUAGACAAGUUCGACAGGGGAUCCCUGAAGGAUGACACCCUGCCUUUGUCCUCCGCACCAAAGUUCUACAUAGCGUGUGCCAGGGUGGCCGCCGAGCAGUUGAAGGUUGCCUGGGACGCCCAGCUGGGGGCAGAAGACGGACGAGAAGGUGCCGGCGAAGGAGUUCGGGGAUGCGUGCGACGGCUUCUCGUUGGCUUCGGAGCACACGCCCAUGCCGCAGAUGGUGGCCCAGGCAGUCCGCGAAUUCAAGUCCGACGACGGGCACGUCAGUCUGACCGACACGCGCCGGAUCCGAUACGAGUUCCAGCUCAAGCCACAGCAGCCAGCUACAUCCACUCCGCUGUGCCCCUUUGAGUCCCUGGUCACCAAGGGUGGCUCGCAGCUUCCGCUUCCGCGUGAGCAUAGCGACCCAGGCUUUUUCCUGGAACCCCAUCGUCUCAUGUCCUUGGGUUGGGCCCUGGCUGGCGCAGGCCUGGUGGAGUCGAAGAUCCAGUGCGACCAGGACAAGAAGUGCCCCAAACAGGUCCGUCAAUGCCAUUUCCGGGACGCUUUGGGGUACCGUUGGUUCGUCGAGACCUAGGCGGACCAAUGUGGCCUCCUGAAGCAGGGCUGUCUAGACUGGCUCAUGACCGAGGACCAGGCGACGCGCUCCUUGGCGAAGAAACUGUUCCUGGAUUGUCACCCGUGGGGCGAGGCAAAGCAACAUGCCCGCAGCCGCGACUGCUUCCUGGACUGGCAGCUCGCCGCCGACCAGUCCGUGAACUGACGCAGGGUCCAACCAGACGAGGUCGGAUCUGAAGACAAGUCCAGGACGAAGGACGAGCGCAAGGCUGGCCAGUCGCCAGGGGCGGGUUCCGACAACGCCCCCCCUCGCAAGAAGGCCAAGUGCCCCGGGGCCAAUUCCGCGACGGACUGCGUCAAAAAAAAACGCAGUUGCCCGCGUAAGAUCGCGAGCCGUUGCUCCACGAAUGGGAAUUGGAACCGCCGUGCCAACAUUCGCAGGAACAAGUGAGGCGCGAACGGGCAGGGGCCAACGUUUUCUUUGAAAACGCCCCCUUUUCCUAUCCCGUCCUCCCUAUAUAGAAUCCUCGACGCCGCCAUUGCCUACAGACCCGUCCUGCGGCCAGCCCGCGGGGGGGAAGUUGUU